AUGACUUCUGAAAAUGAAAUAAAACCAAUGUCACAAAAAUUAUAUGCAGCAAUUGUUGAAGAUUUUAAUAAACUAACAACGUUUAGCCGGAAAGCUGAAAAUGAAUUACGACAUAAAUAUAAAGAGGUACCGUCUAGCACAAUCGGAAGCAUAAUUUCAUUAUUGGUGCAGAGAUCGAUGAAACAUAACUACAGAAAAUCACCAGUCAUUUCUAGCAGAUAUUACGAUUUAUAUGAAAAUCUUGUUAAGAAGGAAGAUAAGAGCGAUGUUAUUAUACAACUUGCUGAUAGUCAAGGCAUAAGUCCUGCACUCUUUGUCAGAUCUCUUCUUCAAAAUAUAUAUCCUGAUUCUACAAUGGUUAAGAAAUGUUUAAAGGAUUCAACAUUAAUUGAGAAUAAAGACUUAGCAUAUCAAGUGUUUCUGGGAAUUAUGUAUGAUAAUCAAUAUGGCCCUUAUGCAGACAUUAUCAAGCAGUCCAUCGGGUUAGAGUAUGAAAUGAGAUUAGAAAAAGAGCUUCAUCUUAUGGACAUCACAUUUUCAGAUGAGAAUUUACUAAGAUUAAGGGGUUAUGAUAAAACUCCUGAUUUCAAACUAGAUGUCCCGAUUGCUGUUGAUGGUUUUGUUGUUAAUUGGAUUGAAAGUAAAGCCUUAUUUGGUGAUGAAGAAAAUCAUUUGGGUUAUGUUAAAGAACAGCUUAUAUGUUACUGGAAUAGAUUUGGACCAGGGUUAGUCAUAUACUGGUUUGGAUAUUUAGAAACACUAGAAAAUACCCCUGAAGUGAACAAUAUGUUUAUUUUAAGAACUAACUUUCCUAGUAAGGAAAGUAUUACGCAAUAUAGAAUUGAUAGUUGA